UCAUUGCCACAGCUACCCAGUCCAAGACCAAAACUGUCUUAUGGUAAUCAUUUAUAAUGGAAUAGAUUAGACACAAAAAUAAUCCAGUUUAUUGUGAUUGGUUCACUGAAUUCCUGUUGUCAUUUCAUUUUCUAAGUAGUUCAGGGUCCAUAUGUGCCUCAACUUAAGCUUUAACUUGCAACUGCUUGAGGAAGGAUGUUCUCUGUAUUUGAUACAUACACUAUAUGGGCAAAAGUAUGUGGAUCUGACCAUCACACCUAUAUGUGGUUCUUCCCCAAACUGUUGCCACAAAGUUGGAAGCACACAAUUGUCUAGAAUGACUUUGUAUAUUGCAACAUUAGGAUUUUCCUUCACUGAAACUAAGGGGCCUAGCCCAAACCUGAUCUCAACCCCACUGAAGACUUUUGGGAUUAAUUGGAACACCAAUUUUACACCAGGCCUUCUGAUCUCAUUCCCCGACCUCCCUAAUGCGCUUAUGCCUGAACGGGCACAAAUCCUCACAGCCAAAUUCCAAAAUCUAGUGGAAAGCCUUCCCAGAAGAUUGGAGGCUGCUAUAGCAGCAAAGAGUGAACCACCUCCAUAUUAAUGCCCACGGUUUUAGAAAGAGAUGUCCAACAAUCAAACAGGGGUAUGAUGGUCAGGUGUCCAUAUACCAUUGGCCAUAUAGUGCAUCAUAAUUAAGGCAAAGCUGUUCUCCCUAAAAUAUUAAAUACUUUUUCAAUUUUGUCACUAAUUGCAUCUGAUUCAUCUUCACUAACUGGUUUAUACUGGUCAGGGUCACGGUGGAACUGUAGCCUAUUCCUGUAACAUUGAGUUUAAAGCAGGAGAAUUCACACCAGAUGGAAUGCCAGUCCAUUCACACACUAAUUCACACUAGGGGCAAUUUAGCAUAGCCAAAGAGCAUUGGCAAUUUAGCUAACCCUAACCCUAACUCUAACCUACCUGCAUGUUUUUGGACAGUGGGAGGAAACCCAAGCACAUUGCUUGUUGGGUUUCUUAUAUGGUUUUUAACCUGCACAUACCAGAGUGCUGAAUGACUGAGAUUAUCUAAAUGUAUGUAGUGAAGACUUUAUAUGUGCCAUAUGCAACAUGCAUAUUGUGAAGGUACCCGUUUGAAGCAACCAUCAAGGAGGAUGAGAAAACUACUCUUAACCUCAAUGCAUAGUUUCAUUUAAUAAUACUUAAAUUAUUAUUUAGUCCAGAUAUCAGAGUACUGCAUAUCUGUCCCAGCCUAGAACAAUUCUUCAUUACCAACAUCUUUCUGACCGGUCCAGCUCUAGACAAAGUUCAAAUGCUCACAACCUAAAGACUACCUGCAAGAGUUAUAAAAGGCUUCAGAGAACCUAAGACUGUUUCAUCGUAGAUUAUUUCAGCAUUCAUUUGAUUCAUUUGUACAGUAUAAACUAGUCUUAACACUGUAGCUACUCUGUAAGACACAUAAAACUGCAAACUUGAUCAAUGUGUUUGCGGUCAGCACUGAAGAAAUCUGUCCAGAUGGAAAACGAUAAUAAUUAGUAUUUAAUAAUUAAAAAAAAAAAAUUAAACAAACACACACAUUAUAUAUAUAUAAAAACUGAAAUAUAUAUAAACUGAAAUUUAAACCUUUUGGAGGCCUGGGUGAACUACAGGUAUGCAACGCUUUGAUAUUGCUUUAAAACUUUCAACCUUUCUCUCAGUCAGAACUGUAUUGGAACAUCAUGUCCAAAGUACAGCAAGAACUUACAAAUUACACAAACAGGAGCUAUGUCCAGAGUUAAGAAACCCAACCAGUUUGUGUAUUUAAGAAAGGUUACUGGAACAAAAACUAAACACCAUUGUUUGUAUACGUAUAGUUUUAACAAAGCUGAAUGGUUCAGUAAAUAGUGAGAUGCAAACUGAAGCUACAAUUCUUUAAAGCUAAAUGCAAACUCCAGAGUUUAGCAAACUCCACCAUCUAAAGUAUGUGCAUCUGUAUCUACUGGGAGGCUGUGCUUUAGAACGUCUUCAAGUCUUGAGAAGGACUACGCAUAAUAUGACGCCAAAUGGACAACAGCCUAUCGUUUGGAUUGACUCAAGCUGAGGAUGAUCAAUUAUGAAGACAGUGUGUAAAACACUGCACUGAGCAGCGCAGCUAAAAUAGACACGGUGCAGAAACGACCGCGGCGCUCCAGCUGUGCUCCUGCUCCUCCGCGUGCAGUGUGCACGCUCUAACCUGUUACAGUGGGCGUCGGAAAGGCACGCGCUGCUUCUGCUCUGCUCAUGCGCCCGGUGUGCUUCCUCUGCCUGUGACUCCGCCCCCUCUGACCAACAUACCGUAUUGCGUAGGAUAAAGUGACCAGUGCGCUUGGAGUAAUCGUAAAGGGUUCUGAAAACUGGUCUGUCAUGGUGCGUCCCCCCUUGUCUGCUUGGCUGGCUUUAGGACUUGCCAGAAAGGCAGCCUUCUCACAUUCCAGACACUACAAAGUCUCCUGCUAUAGCACCACUUCAUCUGAUCAGAAAACUCCAUCCUUCAGCUAUGUCAUCGUGGGGGCAGGCUCAGCAGGAUGUGUGCUGGCCAACCGCUUAUCAGAGAACCCAUCUGAGUCUGUCCUCCUCUUGGAGGCGGGGCCCAAGGACUUGCUGCUUGGGUGUACCCGCCUGUCUUGGAAGAUACACAUGCCAGCAGCACUGACCUACAACCUCUGUGAUGACAAGUACAACUGGUUCUACCACACACUGCCACAGGCAGGAAUGGACGGCCGGAUCUUGUACUGGCCUCGCGGCCGUGUCUGGGGUGGCUCGUCCUCGCUCAAUGCCAUGGUCUAUAUCCGUGGGCAUGCUGAGGACUACAACCGCUGGCACAAAGAAGGUGCUGAGGGCUGGGACUAUGAGCAUUGCCUGCCAUAUUUCAGGAAAGCCCAGACCCAUGAAUUGGGAGCGAACCAAUACCGGGGUGGCAGUGGACCCCUGCACGUUUCCAGAGGCAAAACUGAUCACCCUCUUCACCAUGCGUUUAUCGAGGCUGCUCAACAAGCUGGCUACCCCUUCACGAAGGACAUGAAUGGGUACCAGCAGGAAGGUGUUGGCUGGAUGGAUAUGACCAUUCACAAAGGCAAGAGAUGGAGCACAGCAAGUGCAUACUUGCGGCCUGCUCUAUCCAGACACAACCUGAAGGCGGAAGUGAGAUGUUUGACCACACGGAUCCUUUUUGAUGGGACUCGAGCAGUGGGAGUGGAGUACCAACAGAAUGGUCAGAUGAAGAAGGUAUUUGCUGAUAAGGAGGUCAUUGUCAGUGGCGGGGCCAUUAACUCCCCGCAGCUGCUUAUGUUGUCCGGGGUGGGAAAUGCCGAUGAUUUGCGCAAACUGGAAAUCCCCAUCGUGCAACACCUCCCAGGUGUGGGAAGUAAUCUCCAGGAUCAUUUGGAGUUGUAUGUCCAACAACAGUGCACUAAGCCUAUCACUCUGUACAAAGCUCAGAAACCAUUCCACAUGGUUAAGAUUGGCCUGGAGUGGCUUCUGCGCUUCACAGGUUAUGGUGCUACAGCUCAUCUGGAGAGCGGUGGUUUUAUUCGCAGUCGCCCUGGCGUCACUCAUCCUGACAUCCAGUUCCACUUCCUGCCAUCACAGGUUAUCGACCAUGGCCGUGUCAUGCCCAAACUCGAGGCUUACCAGGUACACGUUGGACCAGUGAGGAGUACAAGUGUUGGCUGGUUAAAACUGAAGAGCAGAAAUCCACUUGAUCACCCUUUGAUUGAACCAAAAUACCUCUCAACUGACAUUGAUGUUUGGGAGUUCCGGCAGUGUGUGAAGCUGUCACGUGAAAUCUUUGCCCAGCCAGCCUUUGAGCCAUUCCGGGGUGCUGAGCUGCAGCCUGGCAUCUCUGUCCGUUCUGAUGCUGAGAUUGACGCUUUCGUGCGGCAGAAAGCAGACAGUGCCUAUCACCCGUCCUGCACCUGCAAGAUGGGCCAAGCCACGGACCCAAUGGCUGUUGUGGACCACGAGACGCGUGUGCAUGGCCUGCAGGGACUCAGGGUGGUGGACGCCUCAAUCAUGCCCAGUAUAGUCAGUGGUAACCUCAAUGCCCCCACCAUCAUGAUUGCUGAGAAGGCCGCUGAUGCGAUCAAGGGGCUUCCCUCACUCCAAGAUCAGGGUGUCCCUGUUUACCAGCCAGCCAGUCUGGAGACGCAGAGAUGAGAGAGCCUGCUGGGAUAAAAGGGAGGAGGAUGUGGAGGAAUUUAUGUGAGUAUAUGCUAGGGGACAUACCGCUGUACUGGGAUGAGGGAAUCUAAAAUAGUCUUAACAUACUGACAUACUGAUAGAAAGAAGUUAUGUCUGGACACACACUGUCCUUUGACAUGCUACAUGAUUUUUAAAGCAGAGAAGCCUGUUUUUAAAUAACAAAUUCUAUAUUGCUCUGAUAAAUUACUGUAGGCUAAGAGUGAGCCUUUUAAUUCUGUUAUAAUAAAUAUUCAGUUUUUCAAACAAAAUAUUAAUAUUUGCACAGCUGCUACAGUCUUGUCAUAAGGAAGUACAAAGUUGUAAUCCGAUACUGUGAAAGGACCCCUAGUACACCAAGUUGCUUUGGAAAUGCCUUCAUAUUAAGUAGCAUUUUGUAUCAGUGAACAGUUGUACGAAUUGUGCCUCAGGUCACUUUCUGACCUUUUAUGCAGUACCUCAGGAACUUGAGUUCUUUCUUGAUUUUUAAAAAAAAUAUAUUAAUUAUAUUAUAUUAAAUAUAUUAAAAAUAUAUUAUAAUUAUAUAAUAUUUUUUAUAUUUUUAUAUAAUUAUAUAAUAAAAUAUAAUUAUAUCAAAUAUAUUAAUUAUAUUUUAAAAUAUGGAUUUUUUAAAUUAGUUCACUUAAUUACACUAUGUGAUGGUUCUUAAUUAUUCACUAUCAAGUCUCAGUGGACAUUCACACCUAUUAGCCUGUUUGCAGAUUCCAAAUCAGAGCGAAUUCGACACUUAUGGUUUGUUUACUAUUUAGUUUGAUUUGGUUUCACACUGCACAUAAUUAAAUCAACCAAAAAGCAAAAAACUUUGGCUGAGGUCUGUGUCGGGCUGAAAACAUACACGUUAAACUAUUUCAUUCCUUGGUCAGAAAUAUGCUGACCCCAGGGUUUGAUUCAAAUGGACUAAACACUGCAUAUGAAAUAUGCAUGAAUGCAUACUUAAUGUCUUAUUGCACAAACCCAUGAAGAAGCACAUUGUUAACAGUGGGGAUUUGGGGAUCGUAAGCUGUGAUAUGUCUAUAAAAAAAGGGAGCUGAAUUUUCUUCUACAAGAAUAAGCAUUACUGAUCUACUGUAAAAACAAUUACUCAUGUCUGUAAUUUAACAAAAAUAUGUCUUAAUGUCUUAAAUAUCAGUUGCACAACUGGAAUUAUGUGAGUCUAUAUGCAUUUAUACAUUUCUGCAUCAGUGCCUAACAAAGCAUAUGUAGAAUCUACAUUCUGGCAGUUCAGUGAAAUGAAAUGUGCAGGUUGGAGGCAAUGCAAACUUGUUCACUAGUCUAUUGGUUCAUGAUGUCUUGGUGACUACCAUAGAACUGAAUAUUUUUAAACGGUUUAUUUGGUUAGAAAAUAAUCCAGGCCAAGAACAAGAGAGAAAAGCUAAUGUACAAAAACAGAUUGUCCAUCGAUACAAAACUGGCAAUUCUGGGCAAUGAGCUACAGGCAGAUCUCAGAAUACUUCAAAUAAAUUGUUAUUGAACAAAGGGUACGAUGUCAUGUACACAAAAUCACUAUAUGAAAAUAAACCAUUUUAAUUAAAACCUUUA